ACCAACCCACCCACCACCCCAACCCUUGCUCCUGCUGCUGCUGCUCCCGCUGCCGCGCUGUUCGCUGCCAGUAAAAAAACACCGCACACCGCGCCAGACCACCGCCGCCCACUUCCCCGACCGCCUCCGCUCUGCUGCUGCCCACGCGAGCUCCGACCACCGACCCUCAGCCGACCCUCAGCCUCGCCGCGCGCGGGAGCCCCGCCAAACCGAGCACCGUCGUCGCCGUCCUCUCCUCCGCUGGUGAGAUCUCGCGGCUAUUCCCCGGCCUCGCCUCCUCCGAACUACGCGUCUCUCGCGGGGCCCUCACUAACGCCCUCGUGCUGCCGCGCCGCUAGAUCUGCGGAUGGGGUGAGCCAGCGGAUCGGUCUUCCAGCGGCUGAAUUCUGCCCCGGCGCUCGGCGGCCAGCAUGGCGAAUUCCGGCGCCCCGGGCGGCCCAGGGAGUUCUGGCGACGCGUUGUACAGGGAGCUAUGGCAUGCUUGUGCCGGGCCGUUGGUCACCGUGCCUCGCCAAGGCGAGCGGGUCUACUACUUUCCUCAGGGUCAUAUGGAACAGCUCGAGGCGUCUACAGAUCAACAGCUUGACCAGCACAUGCCUCUGUUUAAUCUGCCAUCUAAGAUCCUGUGCAAGGUGGUCAAUGUAGAACUUAGGGCUGAAACUGAUUCGGAUGAAGUUUAUGCUCAGAUUAUGCUGCAACCAGAGGCCGAUCAAACUGAACCCACCAGCGCUGAUCCUGAGCCACAUGAACCUGAAAAGUGCAAUGCCCAUUCUUUCUGCAAGACUUUGACUGCUUCAGAUACAAGCACUCAUGGUGGAUUCUCGGUUCUUAGGAGGCAUGCUGAAGAAUGUUUGCCCCCACUGGAUAUGGCUCAGAAUCCGCCAUGGCAAGAACUGGUGGCGAAAGAUCUCCAUGCAAAUGAAUGGCAUUUCCGUCACAUCUUCCGAGGACAACCUCGAAGGCAUCUGCUUACAACUGGCUGGAGUGUGUUUGUUAGCUCGAAAAGAUUGGUCGCUGGUGACGCAUUUAUCUUUUUGAGAGGUGAGAAUGGGGAUCUACGAGUCGGUGUAAGGAGGCUGAUGCGGCAACUAAACAACAUGCCAUCGUCAGUAAUAUCAAGCCACAGCAUGCACCUUGGAGUCCUGGCAACUGCGUCCCAUGCCAUCUCCACCGGAACACUCUUUUCCGUUUUUUACAAACCCAGAACAAGUCGAUCUGAGUUCGUCGUCAGUGUCAACAAGUACCUUGAAGCUAAGAAUAACAAGAUGUCUGUCGGAAUGAGAUUUAAGAUGAGAUUUGAGGGUGAUGAAGCUCCUGAAAGAAGGUUCAGUGGGACAAUUGUUGGUCUGGGGAGCAUGUCAACAUCUCCAUGGGCAGAUUCUGACUGGAGAUCACUGAAGGUCCAAUGGGAUGAGCCUUCUGCUAUUCCCCGUCCAGAUAGAGUUUCACCAUGGGAACUGGAACCACUUGUUGCAACCAAUCUACAGCCACCUCAGCCUCCUGCAAGAAAUAAGCGUGCACGACCUCCUGCUUCACAUUCAAUUGCUCCAGAACAACCUCCAGCUUUUGGUUUGUGGAAAUCCCCGUCUGAGUCUGCACAAACAUUCUCAUUUUCUGGACUACAGCGUACUCAAGAAUUAUAUCCGUCAAGCCCAAAUUCAAUCUUCUCGUCGUCACUGAAUGUUGGAUUCAAUACGAAGAAUGAGCCGUCCAAUCUAACUAAUAGUCAUUUUUAUUGGCCAAUGCGGGACACAAGAGUCGACUCCUUCUAUGCUAGCAUCAACAAAGUUCCAUCUGCAAGGAAGCAAGAACCUACUACUGCUGGCUGUAGAUUAUUUGGAAUUGAGAUAAGCUCUGCUGUGGAAGCAACAUCACCAGUGGUAGCUGUUUCUGGUGUUUGUCAAGAACAACCAGCUGCAUCAGUAGACGUCGAGUCCGAUCAGCUCUCACAACCAUCCCAUGUCAACAAAUCCGAUGCUCCAGCAGCAAGCAGUGACCAUUCACCUUAUGAGACUCAGAGCAGGCAAGUGAGGAGCUGCACGAAGGUAAUUAUGGAAGGAAUGGCAGUUGGAAGGGCAGUGGACUUGACAAGGCUACGUGGAUAUGACGAUCUUCACCACAAACUAGAAGAGAUGUUUGAUAUCCACGGAGAGCUCUCUGCCAGCCUCAAGAAAUGGAAGCUUGUUUACACAGAUGAUGAAGAUGAUAUGAUGCUAGUUGGGGACGACCCUUGGAAUGAGUUUUGCAGCAUGGUAAAAAGGGUAUACAUUUACUCCUAUGAGGAGGCCAAGCAUCUGACUCCCAAGGUUAAGCUGCCGGUCAUUGGUGACACCAUCAAGCCAAGCCCGAGCAAACCAUCGUCCGAAUCUGACUUGCCGCAAAGUGACUUCGAGAACAAUCCCAAAGUUGCCGAUAACAAGGACUGCUGAAUGCUAACACAGCCCUAUCUUUUUCCUCUCUUGUUUUCGGAUGUCGCUCAUGGGGGGCCAAUGCCCAUGAUCCUUGAGACUGUUAAGAGUUAUUGGUUGGUUGCUUCGUGGACCCAGAAGACGUCAUCCACAUCUACCUUGGUUUGUGGAUCAUGCCCGUUGCUGGAUCAGUGAGGUCCCUUGCCAGCCAGGAUUGGCUGGGAAUCAGCACUGCAGCCAUUCCAUGUGACAUCUUCCAUCCAUGUUUUCCUUUGCUGCACAUUCGGUACUAGCCCAUGUCAUUCGUGUCCAGUACUCGUUUUGGUUGGGUGAAGAGGACUGGUAAAAAGAUCUGCGAGGCCCAGUAAAUAGGAGUAUUUACCAUGAUUGUCAAGUAGUAGUACAUAUCGGCAUCAUCAUGUUCCUUAACGUGCAAAGUGUUGUGUUUAUUCCAGCAGCAACAUCCUCUUCUUUAUUCCUUGUCCGGUGUGCUGCCGUGCUUGGGUUGGGUGAGUGGUGGUUGGUGUUGUGCUUUUGGAAGCUCGAACAUAUCGCUGUUAGUGCUUUGUGCUUUCUUGCUGCUGUCCUUCGUGUUAUUGACUCUGUAUUUGUAUAUAUAUGACUGAACCAGACUAAUGCCUUGCUUUGGCUGAUGCUCUUUCUCA